AUGUUGCCUCCACACAGAGCAGACGCCCUGCCAGAGCCCUCUCCGUCUGCCUCUCCCUCUCCCAGCCUGAGGAGGGUCCAGGUUCAAUGGGCCUUGUACCUCUCCCUCUCCCUGGCCCUCCUCUGGUUCCCGUCUGGGGCGGUAGCCUCAACCCUCAACUGCCACAAGACCUGUAUCUGUGCCAGUAACAUCGUGAGCUGUUCCAAGAUGAACCUGACAACGGUGCCCACUGGCCUGCCUCUCUACACGGCUGUCCUGGACCUCAGCUACAACGACAUCUCCCGGCUGAGGGCUGAGUGGACCACGGUGAAACUCACCAAACUCCACAACCUCCUACUCAGUCACAACGGCCUUCACUUCCUCUCCUCCGAGGCCUUCGUCUACGUCAAACACCUGCGCUACCUGGACCUGUCCUCCAACGACCUGCGACAGCUGGACGAGUUCAUCUUCGAACCGCUGGGGCAGCUGGAGGUGCUGUUGCUGUACAACAACCGUAUAUCUCAGAUUGACCGCUCAGCCUUCCAGGGUCUCCACAGCCUGCAGAAACUCUACCUGUCCCAGAACAUGAUCUCACGCUUCCCUCUGGAACUGGUCAAAGACAAGAGCCGCCUGGAGAAACUCAGCCUGAUGGACAUCUCUUCCAACAGGAUCAAGGUCCCACCCAUCGAGGAGCUGCAGGUGCUGCCUGCCUGGAUAAAAAACGGUCUCUACUUCCACAACAACCCUCUGGUCUGUGACUGUAGCCUUUAUAGUCUCCUGGCUCACUGGCACAUCCUCCGGCUCAACUCAGCCCUGGACUUUAAAGAUGAGUACAGCUGCUAUCUCCCCGGGCCCCAGAAAAGCAAGGUGGGGGUCUUCGACCUGAACAGAGACUAUAUGAACUGUAGUACGUUCCACGAGGCGGACCAGGAAGCUUGGCUGGAACAGACGCUGAUCUUGCGCUGUGAUACUAAACACAGGGAUCUGUCUAAGACCUGGGUGAUGCCUGGUGACGUAGUGGUGACGGAGGGGUUUAAUCAGACAGCCAAGGUGCUCCCUGACGGUAGUCUCCAGAUCGGCCCGGUGAAGACGGACGACUCGGGGACGUAUACGUGCUACGCUGUGAGCGAAGCCCUCAACGAGACGCUCUACGUGCUGCUCAAGGUGCAUAACUUCACGGAGAACGGCAACGGCGAAGCCCUGAACACGGCCUACACCACCCUGGUGGGCUGCCUGACCAGCGUGGUCCUAGUGCUCAUCUACCUGUACCUGACCCCCUGCAGAUGCUUCUGCUGCCCCAAAAAGAACCACGAGGACUCCAUCCACUCCUCCAUGCUCAGCGCCGCACCCAGCCAUGAGGACCUGGUCAACAACACUGACCCAACGCACGUGGCCUUCAUCGACCCCAAGGAGCUGGGACAGGGGCUGAACGGAAAGGUGAACCCCAACGAUGGGGAGGGGGACCAGGGCGAGAUGGAUGAGGAGGGAGGGUUACUGGGGAAGGGAAGGAGGAAGAAGUCUGUGGCUGAGUCUAUUAGUUCUGUCUUCUCUGACACCCCCAUAGUGGUCUGA